GGCGCCCGGCGGCGGCACCGCACCGCACCGCGUUCGGAGCGCCGCUGCCCGGCCGGAGCCGCCGCGGAACUUGGAGCGUUCCCGCAGCGUCCCAGCGCGGCCCGGCGGAGCCGAGGAGCCGGGGGAGGAUGGUGGUGCGGGAGAGAUGGAGCUGAGGCGGAGCAUGGCGCUGCCGCGGCUCCUCUUGCUGGGACUGUGGGCUGCGGCGCUUCGGGACGGCGCCGUGGCGGCAGGAGUAGUAUUUUUCUUUUAGGUAUGAAGUUUACAGGAUCUCCAAUCAAAUUAAAGGUGUCCCAGGGUCAACCCGUCAAACUAAAUUGCAGCCUGGAGGGAAUGGAAGAUCCCGAGAUGUUGUGGAUCAAGGACGGAGCAGUGGUGCAAAGCGUAGACCAGGUGUACAUUCCAGUAGAUGAAGAUCACUGGAUCGGCUUCCUCAGCCUGAAAUCCGUCGAGAGGACAGAUUCUGGGAAGUACUGGUGCCAGGUUGAGAACGGGGGGAAGAAGGAAGAAUCACAGCAAGUGUGGCUCAUAGUGGAAGGUGUGCCCUACUUUACUGUGGAACCUGAGGAUGUGUCCGUGUCCCCUAAUGCCCCAUUUCAUAUGGCCUGUGCUGCUGUUGGUCCCCCUGAACCAGUGACAAUUGUCUGGUGGAUGGGAGACUCUAGAGUGGGGCUUCCAGACAUCUCCCCCUCCAUCCUAAACGUGUCAGGUAUUAAUCAAAGCACAGUGUUCUCCUGCGAAGCUCACAACGUAAAGGGAUUGUCUUCAUCUCGGACAGCCACGGUUCAGAUUAAAGCCAUGCCUCUGCCACCCCUCAACGUGACGGUGAGCCAGGUCACCAGCAGCAAUGCCAGUGUGGUCUGGGUGCCGGGGUUUGAUGGCCGUGCUCCCCUCCAUUCUUGCACUCUUCAGGUUGCUGAGUCCCCAGAUGGCCAGGAGGUCUCCACCGAAGUCGCCCCAGUGCCUCCCUUUGCCUAUGGCGUGCAGGGCCUGAAGCACUCCACCAACUACAGUGUUCGUGUGCAGUGCAGCAAUGAGAUGGGCAGCUCCCCUUUCACAGAGAGAGUUUACUUCCAGACACUGGAGCUUGCUCCAAGCAGCACCCCACAAAAUAUCCAUGUGAUCCAAAGGGAUCCUGGUUUGGUUUUGGAGUGGGAAGGCGUGGCUCCAGACGUGCUGAAAGAAAAUGUCCUGGGAUACAGGCUGGAGUGGAUUCAGGAUAAUGUGACUCAGGGGGAGAUGAUUGUGCAGGAUACAAAAGCAAAUCUCACAACGUGGAACCCUCUCAAAGACCUAAUCAUCAGGGUGUGUGUGCUGAACUCGGCUGGGUGCGGACCAUGGAGUGACCUCUUCCUGCUGGAAGCCCAGGAGGUCAUGGGUGGUCAGAGACAGCCUCCUUAUGGGACGUCCUGGGUUCCUGUGGCAUUGGGCAUUCUCACAGCUCUGGUCACAGCUGUUGCCUUGGCUCUUAUUCUCCUUCGAAAAAGAAGAAAGGAAACUCGAUUUGGCCAUGCCUUUGGUAGUGUGGUUGGCAGAGGGGAUCCAGCUGUCCAUUUCAGAGCUGCCAGGUCUUUCAACAGGGAGGGCCCAGAGCUCAUUGAAGCAACAUUGGAGAGUGUAGGGAUCAGUGAUGAGCUGAAGACAAAACUGAAAGAUGUCCUUAUCCAGGAGCAGCAGUUCACCUUGGGACGAAUGUUAGGCAAAGGAGAGUUUGGGUCAGUUCGAGAGGCACUACUGAAGCUAGAUGAUGGCUCUUUCCAGAAAGUGGCAGUUAAGAUGCUGAAAGCGGACAUCUUCACCUCCACUGACAUCGAGGAGUUCCUGCGGGAGGCUGCGUGUAUGAAGGAGUUUGACCACCCACAUGUCACUAAGCUGAUUGGAGUCAGUCUACGAAGCCGUCCCAAGGGCCGUCUCCCAAUUCCCAUGGUGAUCCUGCCCUUCAUGAAGCAUGGAGACCUUCAUGCUUUUCUGCUGAUGUCAAGGAUCGGGGAAAACCCUUUUAACUUGCCUGUUCAGACACUCCUCAAGUUCAUGAUUGACAUUGCCAGUGGGAUGGAGUACUUGAGCUCAAAAAAUUUCAUACACAGAGACCUUGCAGCUCGGAACUGCAUGCUGGAUGAGAACAUGAAUGUGAGUGUUGCAGACUUCGGGCUUUCUAAGAAAAUCUACAGUGGAGACUACUACCGUCAGGGCUGUGCCUCCAAGCUGCCAGUGAAGUGGCUUGCUCUGGAAAGCCUGGCGGAUAAUCUGUACACAACACACAGCGAUGUGUGGGCGUUUGGGGUGACCAUGUGGGAGAUUGUGACCCGAGGGCAAACCCCUUAUGCUGGCAUUGAGAAUGCAGAAAUCUACAACUACCUCAUCAGUGGGAACAGGCUGAAGCAGCCACCGGAGUGCCUGGAAGAUGUCUACGAUCUCAUGUGCAGAUGUUGGCAUCCUGAGCCCAAGCUACGCCCAAGCUUUGGAGUGCUCCGGUCCCAGCUGGAAAUGAUUCGGGGGAGGAUGUCCACACUCUCCUUAAGCCAAGACCCUCUCUAUGUCAACAUUGGGAAGGACAAAGAGUCAUCUGUCAGUGACCCUGCCGUGCACACCUCUUUUGGAAACACGGACGGUGAUGAGACCAUUGCUGGGGCAGCAGCUGCUGCCAUCACGAGUGACUAUCGCUACAUCAUGAGCCCCUUGUGCCUUGGAGAUGAUGUCGAGGGUGAAAGGCAUCCAGAAGGGCAGGAAGGGGAGAACAAAAGCCUUCUGUAUGAGCUGGAGACAGAAGGAGAGAAAAGUUGUUAGUCUGUACAUAGCAGUGACACUCUGCUUCCCUGGGACGGGAUGUGUGCAGCCACAGUGCCGUGUCGCCUGAGUCUUCGAUGCCGGAUCUGGAGUGGCUUUAAACAGCACAGGCUGGAGCUCUUGGGCAGCUUUGGCAGCUUUCAUUUCUGUAUGGGCUGCAGUUGCGGACAGCUUGGAUGGACCGCAGCCCUGACAUGCCCUUGGAUUUGGGGAGGGAGGCGGUAGGGUGGCAGGCUGUUCACAUCCCGCAGAAAGAAGGUCAAAGCCAAGGUGGGCAGUCAGAGCCUCUGCUCUGGUCUUUCUCACUGGCAGCUGGAGCAGAGCUGAACGCACCUUCUGUUCGGUCAGUGCUCGCUCUCGUGUAGAUGUUGUCUUUGAUCUUGGCUGCGUGACUUCGGGACUGGUACCUCUGAAAACACUAGUGGGUAUUUACACCGUCAUCAGGACACCGGGGGAAGUUCCUCUUGUGUUCACUCAGCAGUGCUGCCUAGACGUCUUGCCUACCUCAGUGGUUCUCAAACUACGAUCUGCAGAUCUGCAUUCACCCGACAUUGAACAUCUGGCACAUUUCAUGCAGUAAUGCUCGCUGCUCCCUCUACCCAGGGCUCUUUUAAGGUACUCAGACUUGCAGUGAGCAAUGAAAUUAGGAAAAAAAAAAGAAAAUGGAGCAUCCCUCUCUGCCCCACAUGCCUCUUUUAUGUGUUUUUCUUUCUGUUUGGUGCCGGUUUAGCCCUGACCAACCUUGCAGUUGGCCUUCAAAUGGGAAGGGAGGGAGAGCAGCUGGCAUGGGUGAGGGCAGAAUCUAACUUCAAAGGAAUUGAGAGGAAACUGUGUAGAGAGGACUUGCUGGCAGUGUGGGGAAGCAGUGCUAAUUAAUGCAAAAUGCUGCCCUCCAGGAGAGGAAGGAGACUGCUUAGAUAGAGAAUGGCGGACACGCAUCACUUUCAGCAGGAGCAGGAUUCAGCAUUUGCUUGAAAGUAGGAUUCCUUUAAUCUUUCUCUUUUUAACCAUCCUCUGACUUUUUCAAACAAUCCAGUGCUGUAGCUGCUGUGGUGAAGGUCUGAAGUCAGUUUGGGGGAGGUAUGUGUGAGAUGGGGGGAAGGGACCAACCGGGAAAUCUCUUUCUAAAGAGAGAAUCCUUAUCACGAAAAAGCUUGAGAACCACUGGCCGUCUUAUUUAGGAGGUCUUCUGGCACACUGUAAAAGCCACAUCAGAUCAUAGACCCGUAUCACCGCAGCCUUCCACGCAGGGCAAAAUUGAUGGUUUUGCUCUUUGGGUUUUGUUUUCCAAUCAGCAUGUCUGACUCACUGUAACUGCAAGCGCUUUUGUGGUUUUUAAUAAUUUAAUAUUUUAAUGUAAAAUCAGCAUUUGUUUUGUGCAGUGUUUCCCAGCAAGGAAGUGCAGCUACAUCUUACUCUAGUUAUCCUAAAUAUUUGCUAGAUCUUCAUUUGUUUUAUUUUCAGCGUGCUGAAAACUCAGCAGUACCACAGGACUUAGGAUUCCACACUGCUUUUCCUCAGACACAAAUACCACCAACGUCGUCGCUUGCCAGGUUGGCGAAGGUGGAACCAAUGAGCCAAGUUAGACUGCAGGCUCAGUAUCAGGACACCCUACCAUUCGAUGCCCCGUUCUUGGCUGUUGCCGGGUGAGGGGCUCACUGCAAAAUUUGGGUCCAGUUUCAUCCCUUGCUGAGAGCACCUUCCUGCGGAAGGGAAAGUUCAGCCUGGGGCUUGGGCAUGGGUCCUUUCUGUAAGAUUUCCUACUACCCAACGCUGCCCUACAGCUGGAAGCCCAGUAUGGUUUCUUGGUCACAAACUGCAAAACAUUACACCCCAGGCAGUACGGGUUUUUUUCCAUCAUUUAGCUGGAUCGCUGUCAAUGCAGGUGAGAAAAUAACAGCUAACGAAGGUUAGCAGAAACGUGUGCGGUGCACACAUUGGCAGUGAGGGCAGAAGGCUGUGCUCCCUGUAACUGCCUGGGAAGCGCAGAUGUACAUAGAGACUCUAACUUUGGGAAGCAUGUCAUAGUUUUUAUGCAUUUUUUUAAAUAAUAAAACAUGUACUGUGUCUGA